ACCAGCAGACGAAUUUCUAUUUAAAAAAGCACAAUUUAAAGCUGGUUGGAUUUGCACGCGAAUAUUAUUGUCCUGGGAUUUCAAGACUUAUCUUACGCCACCAACCUGAAAAUGAUUUCUCAGUCGAGUCGUUUCAUUCUUCUUCCGUUAGGCAAACAGUUUACUUGCACGGUGCGUGCAGCAACGGUCGUAAUCCCCGUGAAAUCUUACCAUACACCCGCCUUUCCCCCUGUAUUUUUCAGUCAAUGCAGACCGUCAAGGAUUCACAUCAAAGUUUUCAAUGUGAAACCGUGUAGUCAACGCCAGCUGAGCCUUUCAGCAUAUUCCAGAAAUGUGUCUAACGGGCCGUCGCUCACCAGUGUGCCAGCUGCUGCUACAACAACCAUUAGUACCUCAGAAUUUGUUGACAUACCUGCCCCUCCACCAGUACCGACAUCAGUGGAAACAAUUUCAGAAGCAAUUUCCACGAGCAAUUUAGCAGAACCUACCUUUGCAGAAAUAGGUCUAGGAGGAAUGUCACCAAGUGGCCUUAUUCAAACUUGUUUGGAAUGGGUACACAUUGGUUUGGACAUUCCGUGGUGGGCUUGCAUUGCGUUAGGAGUCUUGACAGUUCGCUCCCUAAUGUUUCCUUUGGUUGUCAAAGCCCAAAGAAAUGCAGCCAAAAUGACAAACAACAUGCCACAAUUGCAAGUUCUUCAGCAAAAAAUGACAGAUGCUAGACAAUCUGGAAAUGCCAUUCAAUCCGCCCAGAUGGCGUAUGAAAUUCAGCAGUUCAUGAAGGAGAAGGGAUUGAAUCCGUUUAAAAAUUUGAUGGUGCCUCUGAUCCAGGCACCUGUGUUUAUGAGUUUUUUCUUUGCCUUAAAGGGUAUGGCAAACACCCCAGUAGAGAGCAUGAAAGAUGGAGGGUUAUUUUGGUUCACUGAUCUUACAAUCUGUGACCCAUAUUACAUACUGCCGAUGCUAACUAGCAUUACAGUGUGGGCUACCAUUGAAUUGGGAACCGAUUCAGCCAAGCUUUCUGCUCAAGGCUCACCCCUGCUAAUUUAUUUCUUCAGAGCUAUACCAUUCAUCAUGUUUCCCAUCACCAUGAAUUUCUCAGGGGCCAUUCUCUGCUAUUGGCUGACGACCAACAUAAUAUCUCUAGUACAAGUUGGUUUCCUGCGAAUCCCAAAAGUUCGAAGCUAUUUCGAAAUAGAUCAGUUAAUAACCUUGAGUCCGGUCAAAGGAGCGGGUGCGAAAAAGGGAUUCAUGGAAUCAAUGCGGGAAGCAUGGACUAACCAGAAAAUCACCAGCGAGCUCAACGAACGCCAACGUCUCAUGGACUCAAAUUUCAAGCGUGCGGGUACAGGUCCCGUUCAAAAAACGUAUUCGUAUAACCCCACAGCACCCAAAGCACAGCAGCUAGUACAACAGGGUUUCAAACAAGCCAAAAAAGCGGCAUAAUUGCUUGAACUUGUAAGAGAAAAAUUGCAGUUGAGAUAUCAAACUUGCUUAUAGUAGACUUUGUGUCAUUAUUUCUCCACAAUAUAGCGGUUUUAAUGCACACA